AUGUUAAAAUCUAACAUAUUAAUCCACGUUUUUGGUGUUUUAUCAAUAUUGAUAACACUUUUCGGAUUGAUUAAUUUCACGAGUAAAUUUAUUUUCGGUUACGAUGAAAAUAUAACAACGACAAACAUAAAGGCAACGACAAGUCACGUAUACGAUCCGGAUAUGAAUUUAAAUUUUAGUUUAAUUUGUUUGUUUUCAAAACAACCCCAUAAAAUCCCAUAUGAAAAAACAACGUGUCAUAAUAAGACAUUAAUUCAUUGGUACGUACCUUGGAUUCGUUAUGACGUAUGGAAAAAUUUUUGGAAAGAAAUAAAAAUGAAAAAUGAGAUGGAAAACAUGGGAAAAAAAAUGGAAUCGAAUGAUACAGAAAACAACGAAACAAAAUUAAAUACCGUCGAAGAAUAUACAUCGAUGACGUCAACUCCAAUACCGAAUAUGGAAAAAUUAACUAAUAAAGAAAAGGGAAAAUCAUCGGUGGUAGUUACGAUAUUAGUCGAUUGUGGAUCACUUGCGGAUUUUACAUUAAACCGACACAUACGUAGAGAAUCUCAGGUUCAAGGUUCACAUUUACAGAGGCAAGCAUCAUUCGAUAUACCAUCGUCGUCGAAGGUAACCACCAAGACUUUGUUACAUCAGAGUUCAUUAGAUAGAGAUUAUCCCAAUAUGAUAUCUGAAGUAAAAUCUGAAGAAGUCAGAAGGAAUUCUGUACCAUCGUACCUGAUUAACGAAUCUUUAAACGCGGGAAAAAUUAAUUUCAAUUCAUCAUCUCAAUUUUCUCCAUUUCAUAAAACGUUCAGACGACAGCAAUCCAUUGAUAUGUCGAAUGAAAAUUUAAAUUCGGAUGUGAGAAAAAAACCUAGGCAUUUCAUACGAAGGCAUUAA